AUGUUAGAGAAAAAGUUAUUCACCGACACUUGUCAAAGUGGGCUCAAGCAGAAUCGUCCGCACUUGAAAAUUCUGGAAAAGAGUGAGUGUGUGGUGCUGGCCCUGUUGGUGACAACUGCCGCUUCUUGUUCUCUUCCAUCUGCCAUUAGGGAGCAGCUGAGGUUCCACUACAGCCUGGAGUGCCGCUGUGACAACCACUGGGAACAGCUACACAGCUUUUCCCAUCUCUCCUGCUACAGCUAUGGCUCCACAUUGUAUGGAAAUGGGCCCAGUCCUCUGUGUAAGUCUGAGAAUCCUGAACUGCUAGCUGGACCAGGAGCCAUUCCAGAGGAAACCACAGCCUCAGCUGGAAACCAAGCUGAAGACCUUCUAAGAGACCCAAACCUUCAUCUGAAUAUUGAAGAAUCAAACAAAGUUUUCAUGGCAGAAAGUGGAGAGCUAUACAACUCCUUGAUGAAGUGUCACUGGCCUCUGGACACUGUUCUGUAUAAAAUCCCAGAUGAGCUCCCCACAGUAGGGCAAGUUUACAGGACGAAGCUGUUCAGGCUGCAGUGCAAGGGAGCCGAGACCCUCCAGUUAGGAAUUCAGCCAAGCUGGCACCAAGACUGGCUCUGCGAGACUGACUGGGCCUGA